GUUAAUUACUUCUGUCUUGUCCUCUGGUAUCUGUAUGAAACGAGAAAAGGAAACUGUAUUGCCCGCACUCUUAUUAUAACAAUAGCAAUAGUCAAAACUCAAUAGCCAAGUGAAGAAGUAGGUAAAGAAUUAGCAGAGAAUAAGAACAAGGUAGCAAAGGGAUAUGGAGAGCCAAGACCAGCAACCUAAGUCGAGAGUUGUGAAGGUUGAUUCAGUAGAAUCCUGGGACUUUUAUGUUACUCAAGCCACCAAUCAAGGUUGCCCUAUUGUUGUGCACUUUACUGCUUCGUGGUGUAUUCCCUCGCUGGCCAUGAACCCUUUUUUCGAGGAAGUGGCCUCAGCUAAUCCAGAUGCUCUGUUUCUUACUGUCGAUGUAGAUGAUGUCAAGGAGGUAGCUGGCAAGAUGGAGGUAAAGGCGAUGCCUACAUUUGUGCUGAUGAAGAAUGGUGCGCAAGUUGACAAGGUAGUGGGAGCCAAUCCGGAGGAGAUAAGGAAAAGGAUUGAUGGUUUUGUGCAGUCAGUUCGUGUAUAUGUAGCCUAGUCGUAUAUAUAUAAAUGAAAGAUCUUCUGUAUAUUUCUCUGAAAAUGAAAAAUUAUGUGGUUAUGGUGGAACAACCCUUGAAACAGAUGCACGUCUUAAUUGGUAUUGGGUGGUUUGUGAGUGA